GCAGAUGGAGCCCCUGGCUGAGGGCUUCAGGCAUUAGAAUAAAAGAUGAACUUUUCUCGGGCCCACCUUCGGAGUCCUUCCUGAUGUUCCUGCCUGAUGCCUCAUCUCCCUGAACGGGCAGAGGGAUGUUCCCAGCUUGGAGACUCCAGCUCAGCCGGUGAGGGACAAAGGGCCCCUAAUUCCAAAGUGUCUGGAUGAAGAUGGCAAGUUCCUCAGGCUCCUGGCUCUCCAGAUGCUUCAUCACACUCGUCUUCCUCCAGUUGCCUUUGCGUGUGUCAGCCCCAUCUCCAGGGAGGUUCUCCUCAUCAGCAGUGGCUCUUGCUGUGAUCCUGCCUGUCCUGGGGAUUUUCAUCAUGGUGGGCAUUUACAUCAUCUGGAAGCAAAGAAGGUCAAAAGAGAGGCUUCUCUAUGAACACGCAAUGGAGGUAGAAAAUCUUCUCUCAGACCAUGCAAAAGAAAAAGGACGUCUCUAUAAAGCCCUCAAGAAACUCCGGCAUGAACUGAAGUUAAAGAGAGCUGCAGCAAACUCAGGCUGGAGAAGGGCCCGGCUACACUUUGUGACUGUGACCCUGGACCCAGACACAGCGCAUCCCAAACUCAUCCUGUCUGAGGACCGCAGGUGUGUGAAGCUUGGAGACACAAGGCAGCCUGUGCCCAACAACCCCCAGCGAUUUGACUUCGUCGUCAGUGUCCUGGGCUCUGAGUACUUCAUAGCUGGCUGUCACUACUGGGAGGUGUCUGUGGCAGACAAGAGCAAAUGGGCCCUGGGGGUGUGUAGUGAGUCAGUGAGCAGGAAGGGGAAGGUCACCGCCUCGCCCGCCAAUGGACACUGGCUCCUGCGACAGAAUCGCAAGAAUGAGUACGAGGCCCUAACAUCCCCGCAGACCUCCUUCCGCCUGAAAGAGCCCCCGCGGUGUGUGGGGAUUUUUCUGGACUAUGAAGCAGGAGUCAUUUCCUUCUACAACGUGACCAACCAGUCCCACAUCUUUACUUUCACCCACAGUUUCUCUGGCCCCCUUCGCCCUUUCUUUGAACCUUGCCUUCAUGAUGGAGGGAAAAACAUAGCACCUCUAAUCAUCUGUUCUAAACUCCAAAAACCGGAAGAAUCAACUGUCCCCAAGCCAGAAGAAAAAGGUCUUGCUAAUGGAGACGUGGCCCUGCAGGUGGACCCUCUUCUGCUCCCCGCUCAGGCACAAGAGCUCCUCCCACUCACAGAUAUGAUCCUGUCCUGGCCCUCUGACACUGGCCCAGCCCUGCAGGGGCUCAAGGUUCCUUCUUUUUAGGGAUGAGCCUCAUCACCUGCUCCCCAGAUGCUCCAGCCCAGUGCCCUGGAUUUCAGUCUCUUGGCCUAACCACCUGAUUCUGGACCAUCUCUCCUCCUUUCCCCCAGGCCCCUUUGUGGUUUCUCUUGUACCAACUUUCUCCCAGGGCUCAGUUCUAAACCAUGUCUCCCUUCUGGGGACUUGAAGUUUACAUUGCCCUGGAAGAAUUCUUGAAAACCAAAUGAUGGGAAUUCCCUGGUGGUCCAGUGGUUAGUACUCCGUGCUUUCACUGCUGAGGGCCCAGGUUCAAUCCCUGGUUGGGGAACUAAGAUCCCACAAGCCGUGUGGUGUGAGCAAAAAGAUGGGAGGAAAACCAAAUGAACAAUCAGAUUAGGUUUAGGUGGUGGUGUUGAAUGUGUGUCACUGAGAUACAGGGGCUCUUUACUCGAGGGGCUGUUUAAAAGCACUUCAUCCUGCCUCAUCCUGCACUCAGGCUUGUAGUCAUGAAGUUAUGAUGACCAGUGACUUCUUACUUAUCCUGUCAAGAACUGCUUUUCUCCUUUUCUCUGUUCAGGCCUCUAGCCCCCAUAGCCAGCUUUUUAAAAGUAAACAUGUUUUGGAUCACACACUCUUCCUUCUUUCUUCUGGAAUAUAGGGCAGAAGGCCAGGGGAAUUAAAAAAAAAAAAAGCCACCCUUUUCUAUUUCCUUGAUCCUGUUUACAGCAUAGUUUGGUGACAUUCAGUGCUAAUGUACAUGUUUUCAAAGCUAACUUGGUGAUAACCAGGUAUGGGGACUUUAAACGUGGUAGCCGUAAUCCUGAAAAACCUCAGGAGGAAGCUGGGAGGUAUGGCUUCAAACAGAGCAGCUCAGCUGUGUGUGGCCUUGAAAAGGCAGCAGUGGGUUAGGCCAUCUGUUGCACUGGCCUUUUUGAAUCCCCUCUGGGAUUCAGAGAGGCCCAGCUAGAAGAAGUGGCAGUUUUAACCACCAGUGCAGAAGCUUUUGUUCUAUAAGACCAUAAUAUUGGAAAACUGGACUAUUUGUGGAGCAAACAGCCUCUUAGAUCAGAGAGUAUUGAUCUCACAUAGGAAGUUGGUAGACCAGGUGUGAGGAUAAAAUAAUGAACUUGCUUUUUUGGUGUGGGUUUCAGAAAGAACCCUAAUCACUCUCAAGUCACACCACAUAUGUGAUCUGACCUCUCUGUGGUGAUGUUGGCUAUCAGUUUGCAGAUGGGUGCACAGUUCUGCCCAACAGAAAGUGGCUCUAUGUGUCUGUCAGAAGUUCUCUUAGUGCAUGUAUUAGGGUUCUCCAGAGAAACAGAAUAUGUAUUUUAUUUUAUUUUUUUUGCGGUACGCGGGCCUCUCACUGUUGUGGCCUCUCCCGUUGCGGAGCACAGGCUCCGGACGCGCAGGCUCAGAGGCCAUGGCUCACGCGCCCAGCCGUUCCGCGGCAUGUGGGAUCUUCCCGGACCGGGGCACGAACCCGUGUCCCCUGCAUCGGCAGGCAGACUCUCAACCACUGCGCCACCAGGGAAGCCCCAGUAUAUUUUAUAUGUGUGUAUACAGACGCACACACAUGCACACACACACACACACACACAGCAGGAAGAAUAUAUAUAUAUUUAUUUAUUAUAAGGAAUUUGUUCACACCAUUAUGGAGGCUGGCAAGUCCCAAGAUCUGCAGGGUUAGUCAGCAAGUUGGAGGCCCAGGUGAGCCAAUGGUUUAGUUCCCAUCCAAGUCUGAAGGCCCAAGACCCAGGAGAUCCCAUGGUGUAAUUCCUGUUUAAAGGCUGACAGGCUUAAGACCCAAAAACCAAUAUUUCAGUUUGAGUCUAAAGUAGGAAAAAGGUUGAUGACUCAGUCUGAAGGCUGUCAGGCAGGAAGAAUUCUUUCUUACUUGGGGGGUGGUCAGCUAUUUGGUUCCAUUAGUCCUUCAACUGAUUGGAUCAGGCCCACCCACAUUAGGGAGAGCAAUUUGCUUUAUUCAAUCUACCGAUUUAAAUGUUAAUCUCAUCUAAAAACCCCUAAAGGAAAUACUCAGAAUAAUAUUUGACCAAAUAUCUGGGCACCCUAUGGCCCAGUAAAAUUAACCAUCACAGCUCCUGAAUGGAAUAUUUUGUUUGCUUUU